CAACACUCGAACCCAGGCAUGAAUCUUUGCUGAGAAAACUCUCAACUCAUCUCUCUCUCUCUCUCCUCUUUCCUUGCUUUGGAAUGAUUUGACUUCACUGAAUAAAGAGUUGCUCUUGAUCCUUGCCCUCCCUUGUUAUCUUCUUCCUGCCUCCACUUUCACAAGAUAAUUGCUUGAGGUACAGGAGACACUCUGGUCUUGUUCUCCAGAGAAGUGAAGGGGAUGAGUAAAGAGGAAGACAUCAGGUUCCUCAAGAUACAGACAUGUAUUCUUAGAGUGAACAUUCACUGUGAUGGAUGUAAGAAGAAGGUCAAGAAACUGCUCCACAAGAUUGAUGGGGUGUACACAACCAGCAUUGAUGCAGAGCAGGGGAAGGUGACUGUCUCGGGUAAUGUUGAUCCUGCCACCCUCGUCAAAAAGCUUGCCAAGGCUGGCAAACAUGCAGAGCUGCUGGCUCCGAAGGGCGGUAGCAACAACAGCAACCCGGUCCAGAAACCACAGCCACAAGGUGGUAAAGGCCAGCAGAAGGACAGUGGGAAGCCUCUGAAGGGUGGAAAUGGUGGUGGUGGAGCUGGAGCUGGGGUUGGUGGGAAGGACCAGAAAGGCCAGCACCCGCAACCGACACCACAGCAGCAGCUGCUGCUUCAGCAACAGCUGCAGCAGCUACAGCAGAUGAAAGGGUCCAAAGAUGUGCAGCUGCCUCAGCUGAAAAACUUCAACUUCCUACCACCGAAGGAUCCCAAAUCUGUGAGCUUCAGCUUGCCUCCCAAGGGCUUCGAUGACUACGAUGACGAAGAUGAUUUCGAUGAUGAUGAAUUUGAUGACGACGACGAUGAUGAAAUGGAUGAGUUCGACUGCUAUGACGCUGACUUCGACGACGACUUCAAGAACAUCAAGAUCAAGCCUGCGGUUGCGACGCCGAAUGGGAAUGCCAUGAAGGAUAAGAAGGGCGGAAAUGGCGGUGGUGGCAGCGGUAAGAAAGGCGCAGAUGUGCCUGUGCAGAAAAAAGUCAUGUGCAAUACCAAUGAGCCGAAGAUUGGUAUUGGUGGAAGUGGUAAAAACGGGGGGGGUGGUGGUGGUGGUGGAAAUCAAAACCAGGGUGGUAUUGGUGGUGGAUCUGCCACUAAGAAUAAUGGUGUUGGUGGGGGGAAGAAUGGUGGUAAUGCUGGGCCACAGAACGGUAAGAAUGGCGCUAAUAGCAACAAAGGAGCUCCCAUUGGCAAUGGCAGCAUCAAUGCCAGUGGCCAAGCUGGGAACUGCAACACCAAUCCAGUCAAUGGAGCCAAGAGAAUGUUCGUGAAGAACGAGGUGGGCGGUGGUGGUGGCGGCGGCGGCCAUUUUAUGAUGAAUCCAAGCAUGAUCGGCCAAGGACUCCCUGGCCUGGGUGUAGUACACCAGAUGGGUACCAUGCAAGCUCCGAUGGGCCAGAUGGGGAACUUUCCGGCCGCCGCGGCGGUGCAAGCCCACCCGGCGGGAGGCCCACCGCCCGGGUAUUAUCAAGGAGGGAUGGUGGCGCCACCGCCCGAGGUGAUCGCCGCUGCCCAUCCAUACCAGCAGCAGCAGCAGUACAUGGCUGCAAUGCUGCAGCAGCAACAAAUGCAACAGCAGCAGCAGAGGAUGAUGAUGAUGAAUGCCCAGGAUCGCGCCUUCCAGCCAAUGAUAGGUUAUUCUCGACCACCGUUACCGAUGUACUACAACAUGCCACCGGCGCCGGCACUGGCACCAGCGACGGCACCGCACCAAGGCGAUUCCUACACCACCUACUUCAGUGAUGAGAACACCAGCAGCAGUUGCUCAAUCAUGUGAACCAAGCUUGAUUGCUUGAACCUUGUGUUUCUCACUCUACAUCUCAUUUCGAGUUCACUGGGUGGGGAAAUUUGUCAUCCAAAGAGAAGAGGCUUAGUGGAGUCUCUGCCGCAGAUACAUGAAAAAUGGGUAAUUCACCAUUUUUUUUCUCUUCUUAUUCUCCUUUGUUUUCUAGUUAGGUAAGAAACUAUAUAUAUGUUUCAGGUGCAAUUUAUAUAGAAAGGUCUUAUUUUAUAUUAUCUAGCAAGGAUUUGAGAGUUGUACUUUGGUUCUUCUCUUUUAGGACUUGUGGUGGAGAUGAUGAGGGAGCUAUCAAGCUUUCCUGUUAUGUGUCACUGUGUUCACAAACUUCAGAUUGCUAGUAAUAAUGAUCAAAGUGUCUUUCACUUUGCUUCUUUCUUUC